AUGGGCGAAGUCUUCAGCACCGGCGUGGCGGACACGUCGGAGGGCUCGGAGACCGACGCGGACCUCAGCGCGGCGGCGAGGAGUUCUUCGUCGGGUGCCUGUGGACCUUCCGCCAGCAGGUCGAGCUCUGCUUCGGCGGGUCGUGUGGCCGGGCGGAGGUGCUGGCGCACGACUUCCAGGGCGGGCAUCUUGCACGCGCUCGGCGGAGAGCCCGGUCGAAGACAUGGGCGAUCGGAGCGCCCG